UACAACAUCAUAUUACAAGUGAUAUUUCUCGUAUAAAGUAGGAAACACAUGAGUUUGUCUAUGCUCAAGAAUCUCUUGUUCUCCCCUCUUCGUGGUUUCAUCCACAAAGAUUUUCAUGGGGUCGUUGACAGAAUGACUCUCGUCGACAAACUUUUGUUUCUGAUUGUUCAUUUCGUUGAUAAACGGAAUCUGUGGCACCGGCUACCGGUGUUCUUUGGGCUACUUUAUCUUGGAGCGCGACGGCGCCUUCAUCAGGAAUACAAUUUGAUCAACGUUGGUAGAACACCUACCGGCGUUAGAUCAAAUCCGUUAGAUUACCCUUAUAGAACUGCUGAUGGUAAAUACAAUGAUCCCUUCAAUGAAGGAGUAGGCACUGAAUUUUCUUUCUUUGGCAGGAAUAUGCUCCCUGUUGAUCAGCAUAACAAGUUAAAGAAGCCAGAUCCAAUGGUAGUGGCAACAAAGCUGCUAGCCCGGAAAAAUUUCGUGGACACAGGAAAACAAUUCAAUAUGAUCGCUGCCUCCUGGAUACAGUUUAUGAUUCAUGAUUGGGUCGAUCACUUGGAAGACACUAAGCAGAUUGAACUUAGUGCACCAAAAGAAGUUGCAAGUAAUUGUCCACUCAAGUCCUUCAAGUUUUACAAGUCCAAGGAAACUCCCACGGGCUUGUACGAAAUCAAAAUCGGUCACUUAAAUAUGCGUACCCCUUGGUGGGAUGGAAGUGCUAUUUAUGGGAGCACCGCAGAUGUUUUGAAGAAGGUAAGAACUUUUGAAGACGGUAAGUUGAAACUAUCAGCAGAUGGGCACCUCGAACAAGAUGAAAAUGGAAAAAUCAUUACUGGUGAUGUUCGCAACACUUGGGCAGGACUUUUGGCACUGCAGGCGCUCUUUGUUCAAGAGCAUAAUGUUGUUUGUGAUGCUUUGAAGAAAGAAUAUCCAAAAUUGGAGGAUGAGGACUUGUAUCGUCAUGCAAGAUUGGUGACUUCUGCUGUCAUUGCAAAAGUUCACACCAUAGAUUGGACCGUUGAGCUUCUCAAAACCGAGACAAUGCAAGCCGCAAUGCGAACCAAUUGGUAUGGUUUACUAGGAAAAAAAUUUAAGGAUACAUUUGGGCACUUUGGAGGUUCCAUUUUGGGUGGUUAUGUGGGAUUGAAGAAACCUGAGAAUCAUGGAGUGCCCUAUUCCUUGACAGAGGAAUUUGUAAGUGUGUAUCGGAUGCAUCAACUUCUACCUGAUAAACUUCAGCUAAGGAGUGUAGAUGCAACACCUGGACCAAACAAAUCUCUGCCUUUGACCAAUGAGAUCCCAAUGAAAGAUUUAAUUGGGGGCAAAGGAGGAGAGAACUUAUCAAGAAUCGGGUUUACUAAGCAAAUGGUUUCAAUGGGCCACCAAGCAUGUGGAGCUCUUGAGCUUUGGAAUUAUCCAAUAUGGAUGAGGGAUCUUAUUGCCCAAGACUUUGAUGGAACUGACAGGCCAGAUCCUAUUGACCUUGCAGCUCUAGAAAUUUAUAGGGAUAGAGAAAGAAGUGUUGCUAGGUACAAUGAAUUUCGCAGGAGGAUGCUGCAAAUUCCCAUCUCCAAAUGGGAAGAUUUGACUGAUGAUGAGGAAGCGAUUAAAACACUUCGUGAAGUAUAUGGUGAUGAUGUAGAAGAAUUAGAUUUGUUAGUAGGAAUGUCAGCGGAGAAAAAGAUUAAGGGUUUCGCCAUCUCUGAAACUGCCUUUUUCAUAUUUCUUCUCAUGGCAUCAAGGAGGCUAGAGGCAGAUAGAUUUUUCACCAGCAAUUACAACGAGGAGACAUAUACGAAGAAAGGACUCAAAUGGGUGAAUACAACUGAAAGCUUGAAAGAUGUGUUAGAUCGACAUUACCCUGAAAUGACUGAAAAAUGGAUGAACUCCAAUAGCGCCUUUUCAGUGUGGGACUCUUCUCCAGAACCUCACAAUCCUAUUCCACUCUACUUUCGUGUUCCUCAAUAAUAGACCCCUCAUUUAUACUUAACGAAGUUGAAAUAUCCAAAAUAGUGUGUUUGACUAUUAAUGUUUGCCUACAAGUUUAAGGUUCCUUGUUCUAUUGUUGAGACAGUUUACAUAAUUGUUUCAGUUUGUAAUAUUAAUGAUAUUCAUCUUUAACUACUGUUUCUUAAUAAGAGAAUUGCAUUUUUA